AGCGCAUGCGCUAGAUUUAUGUUGUUGUUUGUGGCGGUAAGAUGGCGGCGCUCGGAGACACCUCAGCUCCGGGGAUGAACGGGUUAAUACAGCAAUUCACAGCAAUAACAGGAGCCACAGAAAGUGUAGGAAAACAUAUGCUAGAAGCAUGCAACAAUAACCUUGAGAUGGCAGUGACCAUGUUUCUGGAUGGAGGUGGGAUAGCAGAAGAGCCCAGCACCAGCUCCAGUUCAACAGCAUCAAGCAGCAGAGCUCCUCCAUCAGAUGAAGUGCGAGCACCUAUUCCCCAGAAGCAGGAAAUAUUGGUUGAACCGGAACCCCUGUUUGGUGUGCCAAAGCGAAGAAGACCUGCUCGAUCAAUAUUUGACGGCUUCCGAGACUUCCAAACAGAGACAAUACGUCAAGAACAGGAGCUGCGUAAUGGUGGCACUGUGGACAAGAAACUUAGCACCCUGGCAGACCUUUUCCGUCCUCCCAUUGAGCUCAUGCACAAAGGCAGCUUUGAGACGGCAAAAGACUGUGGACAGCUAGAGAACAAAUGGCUGAUGAUCAACAUUCAAAAUGUUCAAGACUUUGCCUGCCAGUGCCUGAACAGGGAUGUGUGGAGUAACGAUGCAGUGAAGACCAUCAUCAGAGAACAUUUUAUAUUUUGGCAGGUAUACCAUGAUAGUGAAGAGGGACAAAGAUACAUCCAGUUCUAUAAGCUGAACAAGUUUCCCUACAUUUCGAUUCUCGACCCACGUACAGGUCAAAAAAUGGUGGAGUGGAACCAGCUUGAUGUGGCAUCGUUCCUGGAGCAGGCGACCGGCUUCCUUGCUGAACACGGGCAGUUAGAUGGACCAUCCAGCCAUGCACCCCCUGCAAAACGAGCUCGAUCUGAGAGUCUAAUUGAUGCCAGUGAAGACAGUCAGCUGGAGGCCGCCAUUCGAGCCUCCCUACAGGAGACCCACUACGAGUCUUCAAAUGUUCCAGAAGCUCCUGAUUCCCCCCGGUCAGAUGACGAAUCCGAGGCAGAGCCUUUCUCUGACAGUGAGGGUCCCAUCUCAGUUGACGGCUCAGACGGUGAAAUGCCAGAACCCCUGGAAGAGAAAAGUACAGCAAGUAAACACACCUUGGGCUCUACGUCGACCAUGGCCCAGCAGCGUCUUCAUCCCGACAGUUCUUCGUCUUGUCACAGAAAGUCUCCGUACAAAGAAAACAACCUGAGUCACAAGAAAGAGGAGAGCAAAAAGAACCACCUGGAGCCUCCAGCUGCCAGUACUCAUCAUUCUCAGCCUGAAGCAGAUUCUGGAGGAGACCACUGUACCACAGCAGCCAAAAGCGCUUCCAAGACCAGCACCACCACAACCUGUGAUGUCGACUGCCUGGAUGACAACGGUCCUAAGGCAAGGCUGAUGCUCCGUUACCCAGAUGGACAGAGAGAGCAAAUUUCCUUAUCUUCAAAAGCAAAACUUUUGGCAUUGGUGAGACACGUGCAGUCCAAGGGUUAUCCUAACGAACGCUUUGAACUUGUCACCAACUUUCCCAGAAGAAAACUGGCCCACUUGGACUAUGACAUCACACUGCAGGAGGCAGGGCUUUGUCCACAGGAGACUGUAUUUGUUCAGGAGAGGAACUAGCCUUCGACAACCUCACUUUUGCUUGUCUGUAUCUCUCUGGCAGAACUCACCCUUUCACCAAUGAUCUGGGACAAUAUUACUGGCCAUUAUCUGAAAUCCCUGUGUCCUCCUGGAAUUAGGCCCUGUUUCGGCCACAACAGCUGUGAGUGGAUGGACAACAUUCCCCACCAACUCGCUAGAAUACUGACGUCUCUACUGACAACUUAAUCUGCUUGUAGUGCGCUACAUUUGGCCAGUAAGAUGUUAUGGAUGUCAGCGCUGUUUUUAAAAAAAAAAAAAAAGAAGACAUAUUCUGUUUUGAUACAGGCCUUGUUUUGUUGUUUUUAUCAAGGCACAUCAGAACAGAAUAUACAUAGCACAUAUUCGUACAAAACCCCAAAUAGUGGAUUGGUAAAUGAUGAUGAGGCAUCAGGAACUUGUAAAACAAAAAAAGACUUUACCUCCCAGAAAAAGACAUUUACCGCCAGAGUUUGUUUUCUAGCUUUUGUCGUUUUCUGUACCUUAGGACAGGUAAUGGGAGAUGAAUUAUUGUUUAUUUUGACCCAAAUUUGGCCUCCCCAAUGCUCAAAAUUGUAAUGAUUGGGAGGGGAAGGGACCUAAGAGAAAACAUCCACAAAUGACAAGUUGAGUAAAUGUUUCAUGUAUCCUUCACAUGCUUGUGUAGAUCUGAAAGGACUGGUUUCAUCUGCACACUUUUACUCAAGUUUUUAUGGGUUGAUAAGAGGCUAGUAGAUUGUUAUUGGAUUUCAACUUUUGAUACAGCAAUGAAUGAAUGAAUGAAGGGUGGCACAUCUCAUCAGUCGGACCUACACUGUACAGAGAUGGCUUAGAGAGAGACUGAUAUUUAGCUGUAGUAAAUGUUUUUUUUUUUUUUUUUUAUAUGCUGCCAAGAAAAUAUGCUGAUGUUGAAAUAUAACCACCAAAAC